UUAUUGUGAAAAGCAGCUCUCGAACCGGAAGUGUUUCCGUUCCGUUAUUUAAUCUGCGCAAAGCCAGAAGCUCCGCGAUUUAUUUAUCCAAUUUAACUCAAAGGGCGCUUGAAGGCGACUUUAUCCUCCCCAGCCCCGGUCGCUAUCCAGCCGCCAUGACCGCCAGCCCUCCCGGACAGGGCUUCCAGAACAAGACCCGUGUGGCCAUCCUGGCGGAGCUGGACAAGGAGAAGAGGCGGCUGAUGCAGAGCCAGUCCAUGGCCAGCCCCGGAGCCAACAUCCCCAUGUCGGCCCGGAGCAGCCUGAAGGAGGCGAGGGAGUGCGCGGAGCAGCAGCACAUCGCCGCCCAGCAGAAGGCCGCCCUGCAGCACGCCCACGUCCACUCCUCCGGCUUCUUCAUCACGCAGGACUCCUCGUUCGGGAACCUCAUCCUGCCGGUGCUGCCCCGGCUGGAGCCCGACCUCUGACUGCGCACUGCAGCGGGAGCUCCCUCCCGGUGCUCCGACCAGAACUCACCAAGCUCAAUCCGUUGGACCCGGAAUGUUUAUUUUUUUAUUAUUUUUUUAUUCUUUAUGUUAAUAUCAGAUAGAAAUAAAGUUCCGAAUCCAUGUCAUGUUUACUUUCUGUUCGCUUUUUUUAAAUAGAAAAGCGGCAGAACAUUUGUAAAGUUUGUAUAAACGGCGUUCAUACUUUUACAUGUGUUGUUUUCAUAGGCGUUCUGGCUCUCCGCCCUGGGCGCCCUUCAGUCAGGGGGCGUACGAGCACAGAUGCAACCCUCGGGAGUUUUCUGUUGUUUAUUGUCCUCUCUAGUUAGUGUUUAUUACCUAACGCCCCGCCCCCAUGUUGUGCACUGUAAGCGAAAAUGGCUGCACACCGCUCAGUAUGGUAUCUGCGCUAGAUUAAAGGAGCAUGUCCUUGUUUUUCUAAGGAAUCUGGACUUUAUGUCCAUCUGCAGUGACGAUCUGAAAUACUCCAACUUGUCAAGCCUGAACUCGAUAAUGUUAGACUGAACAAGUUCGUUAAACCCCAGCCCUAUUUUAGUUACUAACAAACACGUGACAAUUUGAUUAGCAUAAAAAUAUAUGCCAGCUAAAAGCUGGGCUUGCUUAUUCAAAAUUGAUCUCAAAUUCUUUAAGAGCUUUGAGUUGUGAAACGUAUUCUUACAAAAUUUCAAGUUGAACAAUAUUUCUGAAAAUCUCUUUCCAUCCAUUUAUCCACUCGUUACUUUUGCACACUUUUCAGUCUGCUACAGACAGUAGUAGGCACUGGAUGUCAUGCUUGUGUUUUGUUCUUUAAUUUACCCUCAAUCUUCCAACAUCGUGCCUGGUUCUUUAUUUCUGCGGUCAUGCCUUUGUAAUGUGAGCAGGAAAGAGGUUCUGUUAUGUGUAGCUAAAAUUUAUAUUUUUGAUGUCAUAGUGACUGUUUUGGGUUUAAGCUGCCACCUCUAAAGUUCAUAAAUGAUUUUGGUCGAGGCAAGUGUAGUCCGUUUUUCGUUUGGUUUUUUUGGUUUUUUGUUUUUAAACAGAUAUUAUUUUCAAUAGAAUCUUUCUGGAAAGAUGGUUUUAAUGAUAUAUUGAUAAAGAAUUGUCCACCAAAAUCUGCAAUAAUUCCAUCUUACUAUUUAGUAAAUUUACAUAGUUAUAAAGCAGGCAUAUGCUAUUUUUUUCUAAUUAAUGGUUAAUGUCAAUAUACUUUAUAUAAAAUUGAAUGAAAUUUAAAAUAUGAGUUGCUGUGUCUCGCUUUUGGAAUAUGUUUUGCACUUUCUAAGUUAUGUCUAGGGGUUGCAGGGGCUAAAGUGGAGGCUAGACCCUCUAGUGUAGGAGUAGUGAAUAUUAACUAAUGAUUUUAAAGUACUAGACAGAGCUAUGAGUAAAAGUGUUUUUUUUUUUUUACGUGACAGACUAAGUCUACUAGAUUUAGUCUGAAAGUGCCACAACAAAAAAUAAAUAAAAAAGGUAGAGUCAGACAGAUGGAAUACCUGGGUGAUAAAUUAAAAAAGUUGAAAAUAAAAAACUACCAAAAAA